AUGAAUUCUAACUUAAUGAGACGACCUGUGAUAAACAUUAUUUUACCAAAUACUCCAGAAGAGAAAGAAUGUUUUACACAGACAUUUCGCCGUAUUUGUAGCUAUUUGACACAUAGGGAUCUUUCAGCAUUGAGUUGUGUCUGUAAAGCUUUUUAUGAAGUCCUUACAACCUUUGAGAAUGAAAUUUGGCGAAUCUCAAGGAUCAAAUUUAAUUUGGCAAAAGGUCUUCCACCACCAAAAGAUUUACUUGAGCGAGAAUAUGCAAAAUUGUUUAAUUAUUCUAAAGGAUGUCAAAACUGUAAAUCUAAUAAGCAGCUGCGAAUAUAUUGGCUUCCUCGGAUAAGAUCAUGUCCAGACUGUAUUAAGUCAAAUGCGGUCAGAGAAUUCGCGGAUUUAAAUUGGUGGGGAUUACCAGAAUGUGUAUUUAAUGUUGCACCGAUCAUCUCCUAUGAAUUUGAUUUCAAGGAUGGCAUUGAUUAUUAUUGGCUUCCUCAAGUUUAUUCUUUAGCCCAAGAAUAUAGAAAUCUGAAUCUCAGUACACAGGGUGAAGAUGCUCUAAAUAAUUGGUUAUCUACAAAGAGAAAACAAACAUCUGACCGUUUAGAAGAUGCAUUUUUUCGGCAUAAUCAAUUAAUGAACACAGAAUUCUCAAUUCUUUUUCGAACUUCAUUUGAACCGGGGGAAUGGAUUAAAAUGAUUGAAUCGAGAAGAAAUGAUAGCUCCAGGCAACGAAUUGGUAUUAAUGAAGCAACAAUAUCGUCCGAUGAUCAAAAUAAAGUCGAUAAGGCUGUAGUUCCUGUUUCUGCGCGGAGGGUUUCUUUUGGUGGAACUUUCUUAUGUAUAUCUAAUAAAAAUGCCAGAAUACGAAAUAAAAGGGAAGAAAAAAGAUUAAGGCGAAUGGAAAGAAAAGCAAGGCUAGUUCAAGAGAUAGUAGAGCGCGAAACAUCCCAAAACACUAACGGGGAAACCCGCGAAUUAAGUAGAGACAAGAGAACAAAGUAUAAUUUAAGGCGAUAUAUAAUUAGACCAACAAAACCGAUUUCAUUCGAUGAUAUUUCAUCUAAUGGAAAAUGGGUUCAUAACAAACCAAAUCUUACAAAACCGAUUUCACUCGAUGAUGUUUCAUAUAAUCGAAAAAUGGUUCAUAACAAACCAAAUCUUACAAAACCGAUUUCACUUGAUGAUGUUUCAUCUAAUGGAAAAAUGGUUCAUAACGACUCAAAUCUUACAAAACCGAUUUCACUCGAUGAUGUUUCAUCUAAUGAAAAAAUGACUCAUAACGACUCAAAUAUUACAAAACCGAUUUCAUCCGAUGAUAUUUCAUCUAAUGAAAAAAUGGCUCAUAGCAAUUCAAAUCUUACAGAACCAAAAAUUAGUUUAUCAUCCUUCUUUCAAGGAAAUUUCUUUCCAUGUUAA